CUCUUUCUCUCUCUUUCAUGCUCCCUCCUUUCCUCUCUGUCUGUCAGUGUCAUUCUGUAGAGGAGAUGUGGAGUUUGUUUCUGUCUCUCUGUCUGUUUUUCCAGCCUAACUCAGCUGAGGAAGUGAUGCUGCUGGACACAACGGAGAAUACCUCAGAGCUGGGCUGGACCACCUAUCCAGACACAGGGUGGGAUGAGGUCAGCGUCCUGGACGACAAGGGGAAGCUCAUUCGAACCUUUGAGGUCUGUAAUGUCAACCAAAACGCCCGUCAGCAGGACAACUGGCUAGCGACCCCGUUCUUGUACCGCCACUCCGCUCCACGGGUGUUUGUGACUCUCCGUUUCUCGGUGCGAGACUGCGCCAGCUUACGGACGCCUUCACCCACUUGUCGAGAAACACUCACCCUGUACUACAAACAGGCUGACUCCCAAAGGGAGCUGAUGAGGACCUGGGUGGCAGAGCCAUCAAGUGGGGACAAAGAGACAAGGGAAGGCUGGGUAAAGAUUGAUACAAUUGCAGCAGAUAAGAGUUUUUCCAAAGUGGAGCCUAGUUCACCUCACCAGUACCAACCCAACAGAUACAGCCGUAUCAACGUUAAAACCCGCAGCUUUGCUCCACUUACACGCAAAGGAUUCGUUUUGGCCAUUGUUGACAGUGGUGCUUGCGUUUCCCUCAUGGGUGUGUCUAUCUUCUACCGGCGCUGUCCAAAUACAAGCCUCUACUUGGCCUCGUACCCAGCUACCCCUUCGGGUGCAGAGCCAACUGCCCUGGUGCCCGUGACUGGGACAUGUGUCCCUCACAGUAAAGCACAGGGAGGCACGCCGCCCCGCAUGCACUGCAACGCUGAAGGGGAGUGGAUGGUGCCCGUUGGAGGAUGUGUCUGUGAUGAAGGUUAUGAGCCAAACAUCAACGGAUCCGCCUGCUUGGCUUGUCCUGUGGGCUACUUCAAGUCAGUUCCUGGCUCUGUUCCCUGCUCUGUGUGUCCCUCCAACAGCAGAACCAGCCAGGAGGGAUCAAGUGUGUGUGAAUGUCGCAGCGGCUUUUAUCGGUCUGCUAACGAUGCCAACUCCUCUGCCUGCACAACUCCUCCAUCUGCACCAGUCUCCCUGACCUGGGAGUAUGAAAGCGGUGAUGGCGGGGUGUCCUUAAGAUGGCGCCCUCCGCUGGACAUGGGAGGACGCAGUGAAGUGUGGUACGGCGUGGUGUGUCGGAUUUGCCCCUCACCCACCUUCACCAAUCCGACGGCGUGCUCAUGGUGCGGAGAGGGCGUCACCUUCAGUCCCUCCCAGACCAACCUGAAACAAACCAAAGUCACGCUCAACAACCUGCUGACGCGCGUCACCUAUCUUAUCCAGGUUCAAGCCAUAAACGAGGUGUCAGCUUUGAGCCCUUUUCCAGCUCGAUACGGGAGCAUCAAUUUCACCACUAGCCAGUCCGUUCCCAGCACAGUUCCCAUGAUGCACCAGCUGAGCCGUGCUCCAGACUCCAUCACUCUCUCAUGGCCACAGCCAGACAGGCCCAACGGAGACAUCUUGGAGUAUCAGCUCAGAUACUACGACAAGGCGUCAGACAUGGACGGGGCAAUGACUGUGUACAGCGAGACCAACACAGUGACCGUCAACUCCCUGAUUCCUGGCUCCAUCUACGCCUUCCAGAUCAGGGCCCGCAACGAGCGGGGCUACGGCCCUUACAGCAACACCAUCUACUUCACCACGCUGCCUCUGGAGGAGCAUUCCCAGCAGAUCCAGAACCGACUUCCUCUGCUCGUGGGCUCCGUGAUGGGUGGAGCAGCCUUCCUUCUAGUUGUGGUAGCAAUUGUGGUUGUGGUUGUGUUUCGCAGCAAGAGAAGGGAGAGUCCUUACAGUGACAGACUGCAGAGGUACAUCAGUAACCGCGGUGGAAUAAAAUACUACGUUGACCCAUCAACAUAUGAAGACCCCAGUGAGGCAGUUAAAGAAUUUGCCCGUGAAAUAGACCCCGCCCACCUGAAGAUUGAGGAAGUGAUUGGUGCUGCCCAGUUUGGUGAGGUUUCCCGAGGGCGUUACCGCCCUGUGGGCCGCAGGGAGGUGUUGGUGGCAGUCAAGACUCUGCGCUGGGGGGCGUCUGACAGGGAGAGGGGGAUGUUCCUCAGUGAGGCAGGUGUCCUGGGGCAGUUUGAUCACCCAAAUGUGCUGAAGUUAGAGGGGGUUGUCACCCGUAUUCCUCCUGAGAGGAUCAUCACAGAGUUCAUGGAGAACGGGCCCCUAGAUGCCUUCCUCAGGGAGAAUGAAGGCCAGUUCAGCGUUCUUCAGCUGGUCGGGAUGCUCAGAGGAGUCGGUGCUGGGAUGCGUUACCUCUCAGAGAGAAACUUUGUCCACAGGGACCUGGCAGCCAGAAACGUCUUGGUCAACUCCAACCUGGUUUGCAAAGUGUCCGACUUUGGCCUCUCCAGGCUCAUGAGGGGCCUUGACCACAACAUCCCCACAUACACCGCCUCUCUGGGCAGUAAGAUUCCUGUGAGGUGGACAGCGCCUGAAGCUUUCCAGCAUCGCAAGUUCAGCUCAGCAAGUGAUGUCUGGAGCUUUGGCGUUCUGAUGUGGGAGGUGAUGUCCUAUGGCGAGCGUCCAUACUGGGACAUGAGCAACCAGGAGGUGAUGAAGGCUGUGGCGGACCAGUAUCGGCUCCCCGCCCCCCAUAACUGCCCCCCCGCCCUGCACUCACUGAUGCUUCAGUGCUGGCAGGCUGAGCGAGCGGACCGGCCAGGCUUCGACUCCAUCCUGUCGUCUUUGGAUCGCCUCAUAAGACACCCUGCCUCCCUGAAGGCCGAGCCAACGCGAAGCUGCUCACAGCCGCUCCUCAGCCCCACUCCCACAGACCUAUCGUCGGUGGUGACUGUCAGUGAUUGGCUGAGGGCCCUGAGGAUGGAGAGAUAUCAGGAUGAAUUUGAUCGAGCUCAUCUUGACUCUUUGGAUAAAGUCAGCAGACUUGUUAUUGAGGAUCUUCAGGGUCUGGGCGUGAACCUGUUGGGACACCAGAGGAAGAUCGUGAGUGCAGCCCAGCAGCUCAGAGCCCACCUGACGCAGGGACAGGUGGAGGUGUGAAAACUACCCUCAGCAGAGGCUGUGCCACGGAUCGAUAAAGUUUUCACUUUUUUCUGCAACGGCUUUUUUGUUUUGAUGGAGCACACUUAGGGAGCACUAGGAAGAGUGAAAACUGAGAGUCCUAACAAGUCACCCAAGACUGAAAUCAGAGAGAAGGAUGCCCUCAGGAGUCACAAGUUCAGGUCAAAGGAAGGAGGAAAAAAAGGCUUACAAAGGAUUUCAAGAAUUUUACUUCUGCAAUAUUUCUUUUUGCUAUUGUAAGCAUAUUUUUCCCGAACUAUAGGCUCAAAUGUCCCUAUUCUCAAAGUUCAGUCCAACUACACAGAAAAAUUGCAACUUAAGGACAAAGAAUUGCGUGACGACAAUCAAACCCCUCAUGUGAUUUUCUUUGCUUUAGUUUUAAAUUAAAAACUCUUUAAUGUGUAUAAACUGCCCAGCAGCAACCCAUAGAGACUGAAUGAGGGCCUACCAUUCAUGAAAGCAAUGUUUCCAUAUUUUUUAUUAAACGUGUUUUCGCAAAUUUGCCAUAAAUCACCAGUCCAAAGUAAGUGAUGCAAUCUCUUAGGUUGGGAAUCACUUAUGGCCAUAAAACUGGUCAUUUCAAACCAAUUUCUUUUAAUGAUAAGCCAUUUUUGGGCUCUCUUUUAAAGGGCAUAUUCAGGCUGAGCAAGUCUGUUCACCAUGGAGCUCCUCAAGCAGAGCACUCGUUCUGUCACCUGAGAGGCAAAACACAAGCAUCCAUCUCUGAUGAAGAGAGUUCACCUUCACCCUCCUCAAUGUGUAAUUUUCACACUUCACCUCUAAAUGUUUAAAUUGCCUGAGUGAAGACGCUGAGCCGCUGGUGAAGGUGUGAAAAAUGGACAAAAUCUAAUCUCAUUCACACUCGAAGGAAAAGGAAAACCGUGUAAGUCUGAACCCAUGUGUUGUGUGCAUGAGGCAGCGCUGCUGUGUGCAGCAGGAUUAUGCUGUUCAUGACCCUGUGUGUGUGUGUGCGUGUGUGUGCGUGUGUAUGUGUGUGGGGGUGUGUGUGGAUGUGUGUGUGUGUGUGUGAGCGUUUCAGGAAAGUGUGUCAGGCUACACACAUCACUAGCUGUUUACUUGUAAAAGUGUUACCACAACUCUGUAUUUGUGAAAGAAUUUGUAAAAUAAAUAUGGUUUUAUUUAAAAAGUGG